UGUGUGUGUGUGUGUGUGUGUGUGUGCGUGCGUGCGUGCGCCCGUACGUGUCCGUGUUUGGUGAGCGCGAGGCAGGGGUUUUUGUCUCGUAGGGGGAAGCGCUCUGUUCCUCAGAGGGCUCGCGCACACCGGAGGAGCAGCAGCACGCAGCAGAAGCCCAGCAAAAAGAAAGUGAUUUAAAAUUAGUCGUCUAUAGCCUUCUGUCUGCUGAAGCCUGUUCCUGCUGUUACACGAUAAAAUUUGAACAGGGUAAUAUUAUAAUUAUAUCGGCGAUUAUUAUAAUAAUAGCAGACCUAACCUACCAUGGAGGACCAGCUGCUGUGCUGCGAGGUGGACUCCAUCAGGAGAGCCUACCAAGACGUCAACCUGCUCAACGACCGAGUUCUCCACACAAUGCUGAAAGCAGAGGAAAACUACCUACCGUCUCCAAACUACUUCAAAUGUGUUCAGAAAGAAAUUGUACCUAAAAUGAGGAAAAUAGUCGCCACCUGGAUGUUAGAGGUCUGCGAGGAACAGAAAUGUGAGGAGGAGGUUUUUCCGUUGGCUAUGAACUAUUUGGACAGAUUUUUAUCAGUGGAGGCCACCAGGAAAACACGACUACAGCUGCUGGGAGCUACAUGCAUGUUUCUAGCAUCGAAGAUGAAGGAGACUGUGCCCUUAACAGCGGAGAAACUCUGUAUCUACACGGACAACUCGGUCCAGCCCGGAGAGCUGCUGCAAAUGGAGCUGCUGGUUCUCAACAAGUUGAAGUGGGAUCUGGCUUCAGUCACACCUCACGACUUCAUCGAGCACUUCCUGUCCAAGCUGAAGAUCUACCCGUCCACCAAGCAGAUCCUCAGGAAACACGCCCAGACUUUUGUGGCACUCUGUGCCACAGAUGUUAAUUUCAUCGCCAGUCCUCCGUCCAUGGUGGCAGCCGGGAGUGUGGUUGCAGCUGUUCAAGGUCUCUACCUGAAGAGCCAAGAUGCCUCCUUGUCCUGCCAGAACCUCACCAACUUCCUGUCACAGGUUAUACGCAGUGACCCGGACUGCUUGCGGUCAUGUCAGGAGCAGAUAGAGUCACUGCUAGAGUCUAGCCUGCGGCAGGCUCAGCAGCACAGCAGCACAACAGAAACCAAACGCGUAGACGAGGAUGUGGACUUGUCUUGUACACCGACAGACGUCAGAGACAUCAACAUCUGAAGUGAGACAGCUGUGCCACGCGAUGACCUGAUGCUCGAGGGAAAGUUGUGGAUAGAGGGUAGUGACGGGAGGGCUGGGGCGGGAGUGCCUCAUCUAAGCUCAGCCUCCCCUCCUUCUCCUCCUCCUCCUCCUUCUCCUCCUCCUGGUGGGCUGCUAUCAUUGACGACAUGUCACUCACAUGCACACUGUCACCUGUGACUGUCAAAAUGGGAAAGAAUGCCCACUCACCCCCCACCUUGCCCGCCCUGCAACAAACCCCAAGUCACAUUUCCUGCCAGUGUCCCCUCCCAUCCUGAGAAAUGAAAUGAACACUACAUAAGUGUAUCGGAGAGAAAAGACACUGAAUAUUGAUGACCUAUGUGGGCUGGAGCUGAAGCCACAAAACAGACGUUUUGGUAGAUAUUUUUACUUAUCCCCUCAAAUAUUAAACUAGGAAUCUUUCAAUUACCACAGACUGCCUACUAAAACAUCCCAAAGUGUCAUGUACAGUAGGUUCUCAUAGUCUGUCUUCAGGUCUUCAUCUGAAAUCUGAUCAUUUCUUUUGUAUAUCUAGAAUGUUGUAGACUUCCUGUCCAAGCUCCCAUGUUUGUCUUGUUGCAGUGCAGACACUCAUAUACCCCUGCUUGCUUGUGUUUAGUCACUUUACUAUAUAUCAUGUUAGACCUCUUUAUCAGUUAGUCUUAUACCUCUUUUCUUCCAAACCUUUAGUUUUUUAAACCAAGUGUAGUGUGAGACGCUCUGUUUUUAUGACCUGAAUGACUGUGGACUGCUAAUGUUAAGGUUUGGACAAAUGGAAUUCUUUGUUCAUUUUGGUGAUGACAUUCACUUUACCCAUUUCACCAUACUGCAGUUUGAUAAGAUCAAAUGGAUGCAGACACAAGCAGAGCAGUCCACAGUCUGUUAUGUUUUCUUUCUCUGUGUAGUUAUACCUAAUACCAUUCCAACUUUGUCUUCUAAAAAAAAGCACUUUUGGUCAGCGCUGCUGGCUUGUCUAAAAAAAUCACAGUGAUAAAGUUCGAGAAUUGACUGGGAGUUUGAGCAGGAGUCAUCUGGUAAUAGAUAGUCAGAGCAGCACCAGCAUGCAGCUGCACCUGGAUCUGAUUCAUCUAAUAUGACACAAAAAUUGACUAGUAUGGCAGAAAUACUUGUUUAAAAACAAGACUGAAUGCUGCUUCACACUGUCUCACAUAAAGCCAGUGGCUCACUGUAGCUGCCUCUCAAGUCUCAGAUCUGAGUUUUAGUUGAACAAAUGUUUCGUGCAGGCAGAGCCACUGUUGCAUUUUAAGAAAUAUCAAUGUUUUUAGUUAAACCUCAGUGUGCAGAGCCAAAAGCUGAAGGUCCAGAGGUUAAAUAAAAAGAAGUAUUAUUUUUAUACUUAAAAUAAUACUUUAUUUUUAUAUAGUAUUAUUUAUUUUUCUCGCUUGCAUUUUCUAGUUUGCUAACUAACCAUGGCUCCACCUACUGAUGUUUAACUUGACCAGUGAGAUAAUUUCUCUAGAGCUCCAGAGCAGCACUGCCAUCCAGAAGUAUUUGUAAACCUAAAACUCUUGUCUGCCUUUUAAAUUGCCAGGAAAGCAUCUCCUCCAUUACUCCACCUCAGUUCAAAUACUGCUCAUGGAUUCUGGGAUGAGGAUGAAGCUUAAAAAAAAGAGAAGUGUUGAGACUAUUGACAUGAUUUUGCACAAACCUAAAAGACGUGGGCUACGUUUCUUAGGGAUUUGCCUAAAAAAAAGUGGAGAGCAAAGUUGGCAAGAGUACCAAGGCGUGAAAAGGCAACAAAAAAUGGCGAAAAAGGGUGAAGGCUCAACAGCGAGGUGCGUCUUAACGCUGUAGAGUUCCAAUCAGGGUUCCUACACAGGACGGGGGAAGAUGUCAUGAGCAGGUAGAUCUGUACUUUCUUUGUCAAGAUGGUUAGAUAAGUACAAACAGCAGGACUCUUCUUCAAAUCACAUUCUAGAAAAAGGAUUGAAUUCUAGGAGUCUGUCAAACUGUGUAGGAACCCUGUAAAUUAGGUUUCUGAUUGUACAUUAUGGAUAGAGAGUAGGAGAGAAACACUCCUUGUAUUCCGCUGCUAUAGAAAAUAAAUCCCAGCUACGUGUUUAAAAAGAAGAAAAAAAAGAAAAAAAAAAGAUGACAAACAUAAUGGAUUAAAAUCGAUGCUUUUCUCCUGUUUGCUGCUACAUUUUUGGAUGUUUUUUAUACAUAUAAAUGUCAAUAUACUGCCAUUCUAGGUUUGAAUUUUCUCAUAGAAAAUUAUGUUAUUGACAUCCUCAUUUGUUGCUUUUAUGUAGAUUCUAUGUGAUCAGUUUUUGUUUUGUUUUUGGUUUGUAAUUACGUAAUAUGAUUCUCCGUACUAUUCCAAAAAACAAGGAAAAAUGAGACAGUGUACAGAAAUACUUUGAUCCACAAUACCUCAUGUGACAGUCAAGAUCUAUCUCUAAUUUUUAGUCUUUUUAUUUGUGUAGUUCUUAUUCUAUUCUACUUGUUGGUUCAGUGCCUACUAGCUCUGUUAAACCUGCUUGAGAUGAAGCAUCCAUGAUGGGAACCCGCGAGUCCAGGGCAUGCUUUGAUACUGGUGCCAUAACAGAAAAUGGGAUAUGUAUAACUCUGUUGAGUGUUAAGCUGUCUCGGUGAAAGAGACUUUACCCCCCCUUUAGGCCCAUAGUGGCCUUCCUUCCUUUUCCCCUUUUUAUAUUUAUAAAAGAAAAAAAAAGCUUUUUGCUCCAAGUUUCAAACUGUCAGUGAGUUGAUUUGAGUUUGUAAAUAGAUUCAGUGUCAUGCUCGGUAAGCCAUAGACUGUUCUUUUGUUUUUACAAAUCAUUCCACACAGUUGUGUCUACUUCAUGCCAGUUGUCUGCAACUGGAACAAACAGUGUAUUAUUUGUGUCAACUACACAAUAAAACAUGAAUUAGAUGGA